UGAAAAAACCUAGCCUUCCUUUUUUUACCUAUUUCUUUAUAAAUUAUAAUUUUAUACAAGGGAGGGAUAUAUUUGAUUGGGUUAUUAUUUUUUCCAGCUUCAUGGUCUAUAAAAGACAGUCAUAUCAACCCCAUUCUCACCACAUCUAACGACAUUUGUCUCUGCAAUCAUAAGGUGAAGAUGAAGAUCAUUACAAAGGAGACAACUAUGGUGUACCCAAUGCAAGAUACUCCCAGUGAGCGUUUAUGGCUCUCUAACUUAGACCUCAUGCAAGGAAGAACGCAUUUACCUUCAGCAUACCUAUACAAGCCAAAUGGUUCUUCUAAUUUCUUCGAACCCGAAGUGCUUAAAGAGGCUUUAAGCAAAGUUCUUGUUCCAUUUUACCCUGUAGCAGGAAGACUGGGAAGUGAUGAUAAUGGCAGAAUUGAAAUCAACUGUAAUAAAGAAGGAGUUUUGUUUGCAGAAGCUGAAGCAGAUUCUUCCAUGAAUAAUGAAGUAGGUGACUUCAUGCCCAGUCAUGUACGGCGACAACUCGUUCCUGAAGUCGACUAUUCAAGUGGGAUAUCUUCUUUUCCACUACUUGUUCUACAGGUGACCAAAUUUGAAUGCGGUGGAGUGUGUCUUGGCGUUGGGUUGCAUCACACGUUAGCUGAUGGUAUAUCCGCCAUCCAUUUCAUCAACUCCUGGGCCGAUACCGCACGCGGCCUUUCCAUUAGCACUCCUCCCUUCAUUGACAGGACCAUCCUCCGCCACCGCCAGCCACCCCUCCCCACAUUCCACCACAUAGAAUACGAUUCUCCACCCACUAUUAACAUCUCUGACCAAAACCCAGAAAACCAACCACGUGAAUCUAAACCCAAUUCUUUCGAAAUCCUUAAGCUCAGACCUGACCAACUCCACAUCCUCAAGGAUAAGGCGAAGAACAAGUAUAGUACUUAUGAGGUCCUAACUGCACAUAUAUGGCGUUGCGCGUGCAAAGCACGUGGUUUAUCAGAUGAUCAAGCAACCAAAUUAUACAUGUCAAUUGAUGGUAGGUCCAGAUUUAGUCCCCCACUUCCACCUGGGUUUUUUGGGAAUGUGGUGUUCUUUGCUACACCUAUUGCUUUAUGCGGAGAACUGCGAGCAGAGUCAUUAAUGGAGACGGUGGAAAGAGUUCACAAGGCAAUAAAGAAGAUGGAUGAUAAGUAUCUGAGAUCAGCUAUUGAUUUCUUGGAAGGAGUGGGCGAUCUGACGAAAGUCACACAGGGCCCAAAGACGAGCCAGUGUCCAAAUCUGAAGAUUACUAGCUGGACGCGAAUGCCAUUUUAUGAUGCUGAUUUUGGGUGGGGCCAGCCAACAAUAGUGAGGGCUGCGAACCCUUGCGAAGGUAAAGCACACGUAAUUUCAUGUCCUUCCAGUGAUGGAAGUCUGCUAUUGCCCAUAUGUUUGCAGACCGAUCACAUGGCAGCUUUCCAGAGGCUAUUUUAUGACUUCUCAUAAUGUUUGAUAAAAGGAUAUACAGCAGCUGCUUCUGCUUUUCAAUUGAUCAACCUACAAGAGGUUACAGCCUUGCAGGCUUUGGUUUGUGCUUAGUUAACAGCUGAGGUGAAGAAAUUGAUGACUAGAAAGAGAGUAGAGACUCGGGUUUGGGUCACCAAAUUAAUAAUAUGCCUUAAGUCUGAUCAAGUAGGCUA